CAGUUAUCAAACAGAAUAUCUCCCCGACAUUAUGGCAAUGUGGUCGCUUUUUCUGCUCCUUGGACUGCUCCUAGUCUGUACUUUUAUGGAAGCCCAAUCAGAGGAUCCAUGUCGCAAAGUCUGUCCAAAAAUCUACAGUCCAGUGUGCGGAGAGACCCGCAAAAAUGGUCAAUUGGUGCGCUGCAAGUUCAGCAAUAGCUGCCUCAUGGGUGUCAGUGGUUGUGUCAAUCGUUUGACGUGGUGUGGCACGGACUUGAGCAAAUGCAAACAGACUUCAAACGUGUGCAAUAGCUUGGGAGGAUCUUAAGAACUUUACAUAACCCAGCCCCUACACUGACGUGUGUUUGAUCUGCAAAUAUUGUCGUCUUUUUUGGAAAAAUAAAAGAUAUUUUUUUUCGUGCCAAAAUAAUAAAG